AAUAGGAGUUCGGGGCCGCCCCGGAACUGGCUCCGCCAGGUCCUGGCGCCCGCAUCCGAAGGCUGAGAUUUCCGGCAGAACGUACGAGAUUUUGCGUGGGAAAGUGGGAGCCCCGCGGGGAGGGGACCCCGAGGCACCAGAGCUUGCCCGCCUCGCCGGCUUGUUCGGGCGCCAUGCCACCCCCAAACGUUCCUCGGGUCUACUGUGUGCCUGGCCGAGCACCAGGCCGGGAAGGGACCCGCAUCACGAGUGGGCGAUGUGAGCUUGUGCUCGGGGCGCUGGGGAGACCGGAAGGCUUCCUGGAGGCGGUGACUCUGCAGAACCCUAAGGGGUACAUUCAUUCAUUCAGUGAAGGAGUAUUUAUUGGCGCCUACUGUGUGCCAGGCAUUCGGGGCUGUGCGUCCCAGUGCUUACGAUUUAUGCCAAAAUUUCCAGGGGCCCCCUUUCCAAGUGUGCGCCCAUUCAACAGAGAGAUGCCAGGCACACCGGGCAAAGACGCCAGCGGCCUCCGCCUUCUGGACCCCCACGAGCCUCGGUGAGGGCCUGCAAACGCUCCCGCCCGCUUCCGCACGCAGCAGGGGCAGCGUCCGGACACACCUCCCUGCGCCCCCCAGCCGGCCGCGGCGCGGGACUACAUCUCCCAGCAUGCCCCCGCGGCCCCGAGCCAGGCGAGGCUCGGUGAGUCAGAGCCGCACAGUAAAUAUUUGUAUUAGCCGGAGCCGGCUCGCUAAUGGUGGACGCGUGAGGCGGAGGAGCGCGGCGGCGGGAGGCAGCGGGCAGCGCGGCGGCGGCGCCAUGUCCGUGAACAUGGACGAGCUCAAGCACCAGGUCAUGAUCAACCAGUUCGUGCUGACGGCGGGCUGUGCGGCCGACCAGGCGAAGCAGCUGCUGCAGGCGGCCCACUGGCAGUUCGAGAUGUGCACUCCUGCCAACACCCCCGCCACGCCCCCCAACUUCCCUGAUGCCCUCACCAUGUUUUCCCGUCUCAAGGCUUCCGAGAGCUUUCACGGUGGUGGCAGUGGUAGCCCAAUGGCCGCCACGGCCACAUCCCCCCCGCCGCACUUCCCCCACGCCGCCACCGGCAGCUUCGCGGCCCCGAGCUGGCCUACUGCCGCCUCGCCCCCGGGGGGGCCACAGCACCACCAGCUGCAGCAGCCGCCCCUGUGGACUCCGGCACCUCCCUCCCCAGCGUCAGACUGGCCACCCUUGGCCCCCCAGCAGGCCACUUCAGAACCAAGGGCCCACCCUGCCAUGGAGGCCGAGAGAUAA